CUCUCUCUCUCUCUUCUGAAGCACUCAAAGAGUAAAGUUUCUCUGCAUUUUAGCUUCUCUCUCUCUCUAGAAAUGGCGGGUCGGAUCCAAUCCCACCAGCUACCAAAUGGACUCUACGUAUCGGGUAAGCUCGAGCAACCAAAAGAGCGACCACCGACAAUGGCGGCUCGAGCUGUGCCUUACACAGGAGGCGACAUCAAGAAAUCCGGCGAGCUCGGAAGGAUGUUCGAUAUCUCCGUCGUCGAUUCGGCUUAUUUUCAAGGACCACCGCCGUUAAUCGUCGGUGGUAAUAGCAGCGGAGGAGCAUCAAGGCUUCAGGCACCGCCACGUGUCUCCGGUUCUUCUUCAAACCCUAACAGUGGAUCCGUUCGAUCUGGUCCUAACUCCGGUUCGGUUAAGAAAUUCUCAGGUCCACUCUCUCAGCUUCAGCCAACUGGUUUAAUUACCUCCGGUUCUCUCGGUUCUUCGGGUCCAAUUUUAUCCGGGUCUAGAAGGUCGGGUCAAUUGGAUCACCAGUUGAGUAAUUUAGCGUCGAGCAAGCCUAAAUACGGGUCGUCGGUGACGAGUCUUAACGUAGACCCGGUUCGGGUCGGGUUUAAAGUACCAAAAGCGAUGGUUUGGGCGGUUUUGAUUGUAGCGGCUAUGGGAUUGCUUGUUGGAGCGUUUCUUACCGUGGCGGUGAAGAAACCUGUGGUGAUUGCUGCGGUUUUAGCCGCGGUUUGUCCAGCAAUCGUGGUUUUGAUUUGGAAUUGCGUUUGGAGAAGAAACGGAUUAUUGAGUUUCAUCAAAAAGUAUCCAGAUGCUGAGCUUAGAGGUGCCAUUGAUGGUCAAUUCGUCAAAGUUACAGGGGUUGUGACAUGUGGAAGCAUUCCUUUAGAGUCUUCAUACCAAAGAACACCAAGAUGUGUUUAUGUAUCCACGGAGUUGUAUGAGUACAAAGGUUUUGGUGGGAAAUCCGCAAACCCAAAACAUCGAUGCUUUUCUUGGGGAUCUAGACAUGCAGAGAAAUACGUGUCGGAUUUUUACAUCUCAGAUUUCCAAUCUGGAUUGCGAGCGCUAGUAAAAGCAGGAUAUGGAUCAAAAGUUUCUCCUUUUGUCAAACCGGCGACAGUGGCUAAUGUAACAACGCAGAACAAAGAUUUAUCUCCCAGCUUCUUAAAGUGGCUGUCGGAUCGCAACCUCUCAGCCGAUGACCGUGUCAUGCGCCUCAAAGAAGGAUACAUAAAAGAAGGAAGCACAGUGAGCGUGAUGGGGAUGGUAAGAAGGCACGACAACGUGCUGAUGAUAGUUCCUCCGGCAGAAGCAGUCUCCAGUGGGUGCCGGUGGUGGCACUGCCUCUUCCCAACCUAUGCAGAUGGCUUAAUCAUCACUUGCGACGAUAAUCAAAACGCUGAUGUCAUUCCUGUCUGAACCAAUAUGUAUGUAAUGCUCCUUUUGCCCAAUAUUCAAAUAUAUAAAUGCUUAAAGAGUUA